ACGUUCUUCAAUUCCAAUACAUUUUUAUUUCACUCUCUCACUCUUUCGUUUCUCAGAUCCCUUCUUCUAACCCUUUCUUCUUCUUCUCUUCUCUUUUUCUGUAACCGUUUACACAAACCCUAAAAAACCACCACGAAGAACCACCAUAACCGCUCUCACAUACUCUCUUCUUCACUAUUCGUAUCGGAGAUUUUGUUAUCGUCGCAGGUUUCGAGAAAUUAGAUCUGCUGGUUGAUCUAAACCGUUUGUUUUUGAUAAGCUACGUGGGUUAGUUACACUGUUACGACGUACUUUAGGGUUUUGCUUUGUUUGUGGUUUGUGGUUUGUGAUAUUUGAUACGUUGUACUUGGUCUUGGUCUGGUACUUGUUCUGGUCUGAGAAGUGAGAUCUGUAAUUUGAUUCUGUGAAGUUAAGGUUUUUGUUUGAGAAAUGGAGACACUUGUUGUUGUAGCUCAGCAUAGGAACCAAUACUAUGGUGGAUCUAAAUCGCCACGAUUUGGUUCUUCUUCUCCUUCGAGUCACUUUAGGGGUAUUAAUUGUAGAACUUUUCAAACUGGGUCUGGUAUUCUACCAACACCGUUUAACUCCACUACUUCGGCUUCGCCGGAUAAUAAACUGAAAACACCUUUAAGUACUCCGGUUUCGAAAUCUGAUGGUAAAAGUUUGUUCAAAGAUGCACCUAGUAGUGCCCCAGUUUCUAUCAGAGACAAUGGUUGUAGAAAGGAGGUAGCUUUUGUUGAUGCUAAUGGUAGUUUUCUGCUUUCGGAACUUUGGGCUGGACCUACUUAUUCGAAUUCACCACCGCCUAGUUCUUUGCCGAUUCCAAAAUUCUCUGUUAGGCCCAAGAGGACUGUGUCUCUUGAGCUUCCUGUUUCUGCUUUACCCGAGAUUGAAAUGCGCCAGUUUGCUUACUCUGCGCCUUGUUCCCCUCGUCAGGAGGAUUCCCCCUUUGCAAAAGAUUUCCUUGUUAAUGAUGAUUCUGCGACUAAGACACUCUGUCGCAUUCUCAAUCUUAAUUUGGAUGAUGAGUGAUUGAUGCUCGAAGGAGCAAAUGGUUAUUGUAAAUAAGUCUGUCUUUUUUUUUUCCUAUGAAGUUCAGUUAGUGUUAGUUUUGCUGUGUAUAUAGAGUGGCCAAAUAAAAGUAUGAGUUUGGUUGGUUGAGUUUGUGUAGCUUUCAGCAGCGGUGUAUGUAGUGCCCUUGAUAACAAUGAUUAAUGGCUGUCGUUGGUUGACAUUCUCCAGAUUUUGGAAAUUUGAUCAGGUUUGACAUUGAGGGUAAUGUCGAAAAAAGGGUAAGUGAGUGUAUAUUGUAAAGCUCUUUUGGGGAGCAGGUUUUGGUGGUUUUGGUUUGUGACUUAGUUGACAUUGAUGGAAGCUGCAGAGAAAAUGGUAUGGAGGUAGAGAUGACGGUAAUAGGUGGGAGUUGCAUGAUGGAAUAUAGUUUGGCCUGAAGAAAGUUACUUGUUAUAUCGAUGAAAUAUAUAGUUCACAGCAUCAUUUCUUCUCAGAAUGAUUAACUUAAUUUAAUCUGAUUAAGGAUUUAGACCUCUUGCUUUAGUACAUACUUUAGGUUGUAUCUAAUCUUGAUCUUACCGAAACUCUUUAGACCUCAGUCCUCUGGUUUUUAAUCCUCUCUUGAAAUUUCUUUUCUUUUCUUAUCAUAUAUAUACUUCUCUAGCCUUGUAGGUGACCUACUGUUUACAAGUUAGUAGAUAGUUACAACCUUUCUUUCCAGUCCUAAUCCUCUUCUCUCCUAGCUAUCUUUUGUUUCUCCCUCUCAGAGGGUAAAGUUUGCCCCUUCACCAUCUUUUCUGUUUUUUACAAAGAAAAGCUGGAAGGGUUUGGUUUAUAUAGUCUUUUGUAGCUGAAUGCUUUAGCUUCUUUAGGUUAAAUCCUUGUCACACUGUAUGUUACUUACCAUUCACUUAAACCCGUUUAUGUCCCAUUUCCGCCUUUUGGUUAUUUCUUCUUUCUUUUGUCUUCACCUGUCUUAUCCUACAUGGAGAUUGUCGACUAUACUACGCCGAAAUUAAGGGAGGUGUUACCGCACUGAUGCUGUUAUAUUCUACAUGGCUUGUUCAACUACAAGUUCGUAUCUGUUCGUGAAGUCCCUUUUGUUCGUAAACUUUGCAGUGUUUUGUUAUUUUGUGCUUUUGUAACUUGUGGAACUUUGCUUGAUCUGUUGAGAUAAUUGCUUAACGGCUAUGAUCUACAUUUCAUGUUUUGUAUCUGAGUUAAGGACCAAGUACUUUGUAUUCUCUUGUCUAGUUGUUGGGUUGCUUUGAAAGCUCUGAUACUAUUUUAUGUUUUUAAUAUAAUGUGGACGUAUUUGUUUUGUUCUUAAACUGAA